GUUCACUUUAUAGGAUUCCAAUUCCCUUUCUUUGAGGGAUAGAACACAAACAUUAAUUAGUGCUUUUAUUAAAUUGUAACACCUCUUCAACUUGCUCUUCCUCUUUUAUUCAAGCUUUGAGACUCAUUCUCUUACAUCCACACAAUGAAUGAUUGGGCUCCUCCAUUCAUAGCUGCUGCACUGUUUUGGCUUUUGUCGCCAGGAAUGAUCUUUCAGUUGCCGGGGAAGAAUUCACCCUUUGAGUUUAUGAACAUGAAGACUACUGUUGCAUCCAUUUUUGUACACACUGUUAUCUAUGGUCUGUUUCUCAUGUUGUUCUUCAUUGUUCUUAGUAUCCAUCUUUAUAUCUAGGAGAAGCAGCAAAUGCUAUAUGUAAAGAAAACUAACAUGCUGCGUUAUCUUUUAAAGUAGAUUAAGUGACAAUCUGCUACUAUAAACGCUGAUCAAUAUAUGUGCCCUUUUGAAUUUUAUCUUACCUAGUCUUCUUUACUUGGCUCCUA